AUGGCCCAGCGAGCACGUGGCCGCGAGAACGCACGGCCCUCCUCUUCGGACGACGAGUGGCGCACCGUGCAGGACCUCUCCAACAAAUCCGUCAGCCUCAAGACGCUCCAGCGACUGCCCGUGUCCCUCACGUGCCUCGACCUCAGCCGCUGCGGCCUCGAGUCCGCCAGGCCGCUGCGGGCGCUCGUCUCUCUCGAGCUCCUCAACAUGAGCUACAACCGGCUCAAAACUGUGCUGGACCUGCAGCCGCUCUCCGGGCUGACGGUGCUCUACCUGCGCUCCAACCGGCUCACGUCCAUCACGCCGCUGUCUGGCCUCGCGCGGCUCCGCUCGCUCGACCUCGAGUGCAACUGUAUCGGCUCGCUCGACGCUCUCGCGCCGCUCUGGAACCUCGUCCAGCUGCGCGAGCUGCGGCUGCGCGGCAACCUGCUGCCAGAGAGGUCCUACCGCGCAGAGUGCCGCGAGCGCCUGCCCGCACUCCGCAUGCUCGACGGCGCGGCCGCCUCUCCUCCGGCCGCCGCCGCCCCGACGCCGCCCACGCGCGUGGCUCCUGGCUCGGCGGCUGCGGCGCCCGUCGGCGGCGUCUGGGCCGUGGCGCGAGCCGCCGAGGCGGCGGGGUGGACGCCGGGGCCAGCCGACGCCGCCGCAGCUGCGCACCGCCAGCCUCCCGCAGGACUGUCCAGGGCGGAGGCCGCGGAGCUCGCCGCCCUGCGGUCCGAGGCGGAGGCGCUGCGCCGUCGGCUUGGCGGCGACGAGGGCCGUGCCGUCGCCUCCGAGGCGGAGCGGGGCACCGGAGGAGCAGCUUCCACGGCGCCGGAGGAGCUUGCGAGCUUGCGGCGCGAGGUCGCGGCGCGCGCGGCGGCGGAGGAGGAGCUCCGCUCGCAGCUCGGCUCGGCCGCGCGGCUGGAGGCGUCCGCGGCCGCGCAGGACAACACGGCGGGAAUGGCCGUGUUGCGCACGCAGCUGGAGAGUGUGCAGCUGCAGCUCGCCACGCAGCAGGCGCUGCACGAGUCGCUCAGUCGCGAUUCGUCACAGACGGCCGCGCGGUUGCGGGAGGAGGCCGAGGCGCGGGAAGCGCUCGCGCUGGAGGCGGGGGCGGCCGACCUCGACGCCGCGCGCUCGGAGCUCGACGAAGCGCGCUGGGAGCACGAGCAGCAACGCGAGAGGCGUAGCGGGGAGGCGAGGCUGCUCUCCUCGGCGCUGGCAGACUCGGAGCGGGAGGCGGAGGCGCUGCGAGCCCAACACUCCGCCGCAGCCGCCGAGGUGCAGGCGGCGCUCGCGUGCGCCGACGGCGCGGCGCAGUCCGAGGCGGCGGCCGCGGCGGCUUGCACGAGGACGUCGAAGGCAGGCGGCGCCGCGCCAGCCGAGGCUUGCGACGCGGAGGCGGAGCGCGCGGCCUUGCGAGCGGAGCUGCAGGCGGAGCGCGAGUGUGGCGAACGGCAGCGCGAGGAGGCGGAGGCGCUCCGCGACCGGCUGCAGGCCGCCUCCCGACAGCUGCAGGCCGCCUCGGCGGCGACGCUCUCGGCCGAGGCCGAGGCGGCGACUGCGCGUGCCGCGGCCACGCAGGCGGACGAGCGAGCAGCGCUCGCUGCGGACCGCAGAGAGGGGGCCGAGCUGAGCGCGCUGCGGGCGGAGCUCGCCGCGCUGCGCCGGUACGAGUCGACUGUGCAGGCGCUCUCAGGCCACAUCUCGCGCAUCGGCGCUGAGCGGGGGCAGCUGGCGGGCAUGCUCAACCACGCGACGACGGCGCUCCGGGCGAGGGACGAGAUGUUGCUGCUGCGGCGCACCCGCCAGCACGAGGCGCGGCCCGGGCACCUCGUCUCACUCGAGGCCGACCUGUCCGCGCUGGCCGCCAGGCUCGCGGGGAAGUAA